AUGAUGAUGUACUCUGUAAAUGUUUUCCUGCUCUGCUCUUUGUGUGUGGUGCAGUUAAGUGAAAUCUCUCAGCCUGUUUAUUUCCAGACAGUGAAGCUCGGAGACUCAGCUACUAUUGAAUGUCACAUAAAGAGUGAAAUGAAAAAAAGAGUGUGGUACAAACUGACUACAGGGAAGAGACUGCAGCUUGUGACAGCAUUUGAUUCUCACUACUAUCGUAAUGUCUUUGCUGAUGAAUUUCGUCACCAUUAUUCAGUCAAAUUUAACAGCAUCAGCAGUAAUCUGAGCAUAUCUGCAACAAAGUGGGAAGAUGUUGGCACAUACUACUGUGGAGUGAUGAAUUUAAAUGAUGUUCAGUUUGGACCAGGAACCUUUUUGAUGCUGAAAGGUGCAAAGAUGAUCAGUGACUCUGUCGUCCAGCAAGCAGAGUCUCAGUCAGUGCAGCCAGGACACUCUGUGACUCUCAGCUGUUCUGUUCACACUGACCACUGUGCAGCAGAACACACUCGCGUCUUGUGGCUGAAAAACUCUGAUUAUUCUGCUCCUGAGAUGAUUUACUCCUCUGGAAAUAAAAAUGACACCUGCCAGAGGACUGAGACUGGCUCUGGAGAGGCUACCUGUGUGUACAACCUUCUCAUGAGGAACCUCAGCUCUGAUGAUGCAGGAACCUACUACUGUGCCGUGACUUCAUGUGGAGAAGUACUGUUUGGAAAUGGGACCAGGAUUAAUAUUAACAGGGACACGGCCAUCACCAAACCAGCUGAACUGAGUCCAACUGUUAUUGUGCUGUUGCUGUCAAACGUCAGUCUUGGGAUUGUGACUUUUAUUCUUAUAUGGGCACUUUGCAGAAGUCGGAGGAAAGAUCCCACAGAGGCUAAUGAUGGAUCUUCUGAAGGCAAUCAGAUUAGUCGAGCAGUUAUAUACACAUCUGUGAGUGCGGCACCCAGACGCCUCUCCUCCAGGCGAGCUACAGUGAAAUACAGUGGAGACUCUGUAGUUUACUCUGACAUCAGGUACUGACAACAGAACCAAGAUGUUUCAUCUGGAGAAGGCGGACAAACCAGAGAGAAUGAAGA